CCGAGUAGAGUGUGGGUCGAGAGUCGGUUGAGGAGGGAGAGAUGCGUGUCUCCCGUUACUCUGGUCUUUAAUGACAUUCAGUCGGGUUACCCAAGCUGUUAAACACUAGCCACAGACCGGAUUAAUGAACAGAGAAUGCUGUCUUGCAAAUCGACGCCUUUGAUGUUGUGGUGCCUCUUGUCUUCGCUCGGUAUCGCCGGUGGUGUUGCGGAGAUAUGCCGAGGGACGCAUUGUUUUGGUCCAGAGGCAGGGGAUCCCAGACCUUGUUCUGGACCUCACUGUCCAGUGACACGGUCGCACCGACCAUCACGACAACAGAACCCCACCACCACGCAGCUCCGAUCCUCGCAGGUCGCCGCUUACCACCAGCCAACAUAUCACAACGCUCCACCACCACUAAGUUCUGAGUCCAAUCCUCUCGCAGCUCAGCGGGAGAGAUUCGCGGAUGUAGACCCGGAUGGCGGGCGGACGGUGGGGUUCGGACCGGGUUGCACGGGAGCGGAUUGUCACAGCCCGCAGAGGCAUCCUCAAACUGCCAACGACACUAGGGAUUGUAAAGGGAUCGAGUGUAAGCUGCCUCUGAGGAUAAGACUCAAGCCUCGACCCAGGGCAUGUGCAGGAGAUGGAUGCCUGUCUGGGAGUGAUGAUGAUGUUGCCGCCACAAGCCACCCCACUCUGGUCCACAUGCCAGACCGAGCCGCGCAGUUUCUGGGAGAGUUGCCCGACUUUGGAAACCCCGUGUCUGACCAGGGCAGCGCCCCGCUGGGCGUUCAACUUACUUGCGACAUCAAGCCAGGGGAGAACGAGGUGCCCUCGGAGGAUGCCCUGAUCCUGCACCUGCAGCUGGCCAAGGGGCAGGAGCAGCUGGUGGAGGCGCUGCGCUCCCAGCAGACGCUGAUCCGCGACCUGCAGCAGCGGCUGGCCGACCAGCAGGGGGCGCUCCUGGCGCAGCAGCGGGAGAUCCUGGAGCAGCAGCGCCGCAUGUCCGAGCAGAUGGACGUGGUCAAGGCCCAGUACGGCCUGCUGGCCGAGACGCUCAAGCAGGCCUCCUUCCAGGGCCUGCAGGGGGAGCUGCAGAGCUACUUCGAGAGCCACCUGGCCGGCCUGCAGAGCCAGGCGCGCAGCCACCUGCACAAGUCCUACGCCGUGCACAAGGUCGACGUGGACGCCAAGGUCAUGGACGUCCCCGGGAGCGACACGAUGCGUCUGCCCCCCCACAUGCCCGGCCUCGGCCCCCCCGAGCCCCCCCCCCGCACGCUCCACCCCCUGCUGGCCUGCCCGUCGCCCUGCGGCCCCGAGCAGUACUGCGACUUCCAGAGGGAGCCGCCCGGCUGCCAGAGCUGCACCAUGUGCCCGCCCGGCUUCUUCCUGGUGUCCCAGUGCUCGCCCACCGCCGACCGACUCUGCCAGGACAGGGAUGAAUGCCUUGAAUUACCGAAAGUGUGUGGGGAGCGAGUGAAGUGUCUGAACACCCCAGGGGGCUUCCGGUGCCUGGGUGUGUCUGAGAGGGAGGUGUCGGCCGGCCUGUGCGGUCACGAGUAUUUCUACAACCGCGAGCUUCAGGAGUGCCAGGCCUGCUCGGACUGUGACGGCGCGCCGGUCUCCGUGCCCUGCACGGCCACCAGCGACACCGCCUGCGGCCCGCUCGCCCUCUCCUCCGACAGCCGGCUCUCCCAGGUCUGGACCGCCGCCUCCGGCCUGCCCUCGGCCCGGACGCGGGCCGGACAGCACGUCUUCCCCGGGCUGCAGCUCAGCGUCCGCGCCGGCGCAGGUGGCGGAGGAGGAGAGUCCGCGGACCUGCUGCGGUCCAGCCCGGACGGACGGCUCACGCUCAGGCAGCACGGGCUGCUGUGGGUGGACCACAACGUGGCGGUCAAGCACGGAUGCAGGAGCUACCUCCAGGUGGGCGUCCGGCUGAACGGCAGCGAAGAGGAGCCCCAAGACCUGAGCAGCGUACGGCUGGAACAAACCGAGAGGAAACGCUUCCAGGGUGUGAGUGUGAGCGUGGCGUUGGAGGUGGAGCCCACCCACACGCUGUCCCUGUUCCUGCGCAGCCCCAACCAGCACUGCAACCAGAGCCGCGACCUGACGACCUUUGACCUGACCGGCCCGUCCCUCAGCCUGCUGUGGCUGUCCCACGACACCGGCGCCGUGGCCAUGACAGCCCACAUGACCGCCUCGGCCGCCCACUACCAGACCAGCUACCGGCCGACCUUCCGCGUGGCGUCCGUCUCGGACGCCUACAUGCUGUCGCUGGGCCACGACGGGCGCGGCGUUCGCUUCACCGAGGCCGGCGUGGUCAAGUUCGUGGUCCAGCAGGCGCUGUACGCCAUGGGGCACACGUGCGUGCGCGAGGGCUUCUCGCUGGCCGCCUACGUGACGCGCAACGGGACCAGCGGCGAGGUGGCGCGCGCCUUCAAGCCGGGCGUCAACUACCGCGACGCGUCGGUCACUCUGUCGGGCGCGGCCCGCGUCGGGGCCGGAGACGCGCUGAGCUUCGAGCUGCUCUCGCCGGCGCAGUGCAGCGUGCGCUACUUCGGCGACGGCUCGGGCGUCAGCCUCUUGAGCGUGCUGUGGAUCCCGCCGGCGAUGGCCAGCGCGAUGUCCGCCAGCGUGGCGCGGUCCGGCCUCCCGUCGGGCGCCGUGCGGAACAAGGCUCUUCUCUUCCAGCGGCCGGACGACGCGGACCCGGGCGGUUCCCCUCCUCCUCCGACGCAGGUCCGACUGGCCGGCGCGGGCGAUGCCCAUCCGGGACGCGACUUCGUCUUCGGGGAGGACGGCACGGCCAACGUGGCGCUGACCCUAAAGCUCAUCCACUCGUGCAGCACCGUCAAGCUGACCCUCCACAGGCAGGACGCUGGAGGCCCGCGGGGAGGGGUCAGAGGUCAUCAGGGUGGCACUGCCCCGUUGGCACAGCAGGUCGGUGGGCACAUGCCCGAGGGCAGCGAGUGGGCCAGCGUGGCUCUCCGCACUUCCUUCGCCGUCCAGAACGGCACGGCCAUCUACGCGACGCUGGACUGCGUCCGCGGGCGCGUCAACCAGAUCAGCCAGGACGGCGGCCCUAACGUGUCCAUCCUCUGGGUGGCGCUGUGAUCAGGAUUGUUGCACGGAGUUGACGUUUACCUGAAAAUAUUCACAGGUUUUUGCACACAACUGUGGUAAACCUGAAACAGCAAAAACAGAAUAUCUUUUCUCAGACAUUCUGAGAUGUAUCGAUGACAUAGCACAGGUGCUAUAUGGAUAAGUCUAUCUCCAUACAUUUAUGUUUUUAAAGUAGAUUAUUAGGUUAUACAUGUUGUUGCUUUGUUGUCCGUGUACCAUUUUUGAGUUAUAUGAUUUCAGUGACGCAUUAAUACCUGUCUCCUGAGCUGAGGACAGGGACAGUGGAGUUUUUAUAUAUUGACAAAAGUACUUAAAGCACUCAAGUACUUCGGCUGGUUGACCAGAGACCAAUUUUUCCUUAAAGAGUGAGUUUAGAGUUGUGUGUGUUUAAUUUCUGUCAAGUGUGUGUCUGUGUGUGUUUGUGUGUGUGUCUGUGUCUGUGUGUCUGUAUCUGUGUGAGUGUGAUUGAGUUUAUAUGUGUGUCACAAAACGUUUUAUUCAACUGUGCAGGAAAUAUUUUGUCUAUCCAUGUUAGAAAAUGUUUCACAAAAUAUGUGCUUGACAUUUGGUUGAGUCCAGAUAAGUUAUUUAUAACACUUAGAUUUGAUUCUGAAUGAAUACAUGUACUGUAUGGUCCUCUAAUACGAUUAGCAAACACAUGCCAUUGAACCUGGUAAUUUUGAAAAGAAAUUUGUCCAAAUUUGUUCAUUCAUGUACUGUAUACCAUCAUACAUCAGCUUUUUUGUAGUGAGGCAACAGGUAUGUCAGUUUCAGUUAGACGACACCCUGCAUUUAUAUGAAGUGUAUACGUAUAUUGGUGCUGUGUAUAUAUGGUAUAUUUUUCUUUACUGUAAAUGACAUGUACUGUAUGAGAGUACAUGUGGACAUGGUAUUUGUUUGUCUGAGUUUGACUGCAAAAUGGCUCUGAUUUCCAAUGGGGCUGUGUUAAGUGUAUACUGCAUAUGUUUUGUGUUACCCUGGCCUGCGCAGACUAGUGGAAGUGCUGUCUUAGCAUACCAUAGUUUAAUUGUUUCUGUAUGGUCCCCAUUCAGCAAACCAAUUAGGAAAAAUGAAGUGUUUUGGAGAAUUGGCAGCAAUACAGUCACCGAAAUGUCUCCUGCUAUAUCGCCACUCCCCACAUGCAAAUGGUGAUUGAAUGGGUACUAGUUAUUUCCUAAACCUCAAGUGUAUCAGUGUUGUAGACAGACGGGUGUAGUCUCUAAAUGCAAAGAGAAUGAAUAAAACAUAUAUUUUCCUUACA